AUGACACCGAGUGGGUUUUUGAACGUGCGGAAGCCUGCGGGGCUGACGUCGCAGCAAUGCGUGGGGACGAUACGCCGAGCGUUGGAUGCACGACGACGGGUCGGACACGGCGGGACGCUGGAUCCGAUGGCGACGGGAGUUUUGACGGUUGCUGUGGGCCGAGCCACGCGCUUUCUGCAGUUCCUGACGACGGGGAAGGAGUACCGAGGCGUGAUUCGACUGGGGAGUGACGACCGACUCGGACGACGUUACGGGCGAAAUAUUGACGCGACAUGCGGUUCCAUGGGUCACGGAAGAAGCGGUGCAAAGGGUUUUGCAGAGGAAUUCAGUGUCCCGUCGAGACGAGUGUAUAUUGAGCACAUUGACGUCGAGAAGUUCACGCAGGGAGAUUUUCCAGAGGUUGAGAUCCGCGUUGAUUGUGGAGGAGGCACGUACAUUCGGUCGAUCGCACGUGAAUGUGGCGAGGCGUUGGUGGUUCCGCCCGAGCAAAUAGACUCAUCCUACGAUUUACGCAACCCUGCCGGUGAUUUGUGUGUUGGAGGCACGCUUAUGAAGCUGGAGAGGACUCGUAGUGGCGUCUUCUCCAUCGCCGAUAGUCUGAGUUUGGAUGAGAUUCGAGCGAAAGCGGAGAAAGGAGACGUCCCGCUUCGACCGAUGGAAAGCAUGUUGCAGCAUCUUCCGUUCGCGGAGUUGCCUCAGUCUACUGUCCAACGCUGGCUGAAUGGCGGUGUUGUGGCUGUCCCGGCAGACGAGAUCAACUGUGCGAAAAAGAAGCACUACAGCCUCAUCAGUGGCAAGCCCAUUCGCAUUUACAGCCGUUCCUCACCAGAACUGCUUGGCGUCGCACAAGUGGACCCGCAGGCACAGCGAAACGAGUUUAUACUCACAAAGCGUUUAUUCAUCUAG